GUUCCUCCCAUCCACAACAUUCCCCCAGAGCAGAGAAGGCUGAGCAUCUGAACGACAGACAGGACGAAAAGAUUGGGCACAAUGGAAGUGAAGGUGUCUGUGGACGGUAUCCCACGAGUGGUCUGUGGCGUUUCUGAGGAAACCACAUGCCAAGAGGUGGUCAUAGCUUUGGCCCAAGCCCUGGGUCAACCCGGACGCUACACGCUACGGGAGACAUUUAAAGAGUUUGAGCGGUGCAUGGCGCCAAGUGAACACCUUCUGGAGUCUCUUGCGAAGUACGGCGAGCAGGCCAGGGAGGUGCAACUCACACUGCUCCACAACGGACCCUCAGCCUGGGAUGAAAUGAGCAGGACGAAGGUUGGCAGAUACCAGCCCUGCCCGCCACUGAGAAGAAAAGAUGCAGGCACCAGGAUGCGGCGGGGCAGCAGUUCAGUAAGUUUGCAUCGCCAAAGCUUGCCGCCGUUGUCCUCAUCGCGGCAAGAAGCUGAGCAGCAAAAGGUAGACUUGAAGAGGCCUAAAAGAAAGUCUCUGACGCUCAUGGAGGAGGCCUGGGAGUGGCUGGAGAGUCUGGGCAAAAGCAAGGUCUACAGUACUGCCUGUGAUAAGGAGAGAAGUAAGAAGACCGAUAAAAGGAAUCGUACCUCUUUUGAUAUUUCUCUCACUGCUGACAAAGAUAACUCAGGCCAAAGUAGCAGGAGCAAAGUCAGAGGUCAGAAAAGUUCAAAGUCAGAUUUGGAUCAUCAAACUUCCUGCUGCAUGGGAAGUCAGACGAGGGGUAAAGAAAGCAAACGCUCCAAGAAAACUCGAGAGGCAAAAUCUGAUGACAUGCCCAGCUCAAGCCGUGCUACAACUGAGGACGAGAAAAACAGCCUAAGAGAAACCAUAAUAGGUCAGCUCAGCUGUUUGCAGAGUUUACAGGUCCAGACAGCACACAUAGACAAACAGAUUUUUCAGCUUGAGGAAAAACAGAGGGCCAAGAAAGCUGAGCAGGAAGCCCAGCAGAGAAUGGCUGAGGAGGAGACGGAGCAGAUCAAAUUUUGGGAGAAUGAAUUAAAGGCAGAGGAAGGUUAUGAGAAGGACUUGAAACGUCAGUUCCAUGAGAUGAGGGCGAAGGCUGUGGAGUGCAAGUACAGACUGGAGGAGUGCAAGCGCAAAAUGCAGGGGCUUGAUUUCUUUGCCACUCAAAACGCCGUUCAAGAGGAUUCAGAGAUGGGUUUAAAAGCUGGUGCAAAUGCAGCAACCGCCACUGGGAUUUCAACCGUUUCAACUGAGGACCAUAAGUGGCAGCAAUCUGAUCCAGACAGAGAUGAAAAUAUUAACAGGAAGUUCCUGCCCAGAGAAGACUUCAACCCUCCUCAUGCUCUAGUUCCUCCCAGCCAGAUAAAGGAGCGUCGGCCCACGGGGCCCACUGAACUGAGGGAGUGGUGGACACGCUGGUCUGAAGCCCAAAACACUCAAUCACAGUCUAAACAGCAGGUCAUUCACCGCUCUGAGCUCACUAUUUACCUGGGCAGCACCAAAGUUUAGAUUCAAAUCAACAGAGGUCACAAACACUAUGUCUAUGAAUAUUAUGAGUGCAUCAUUGUGCACCAGCAGUUGUAAUUUCAUUUCUAAAAAUGCAAGAAAACUGAUCUUCCUGAUUUAACUUGUUUUGAGUGCUUGUAUCUAGUACUUGUGUCCUCUGUGUUUGUGAUAAAGCAACAUGUGUCCACAUUAGCACAGUCUUCCUUCAGUUUAUUCACUCAAGUGAGCCCCUGGUGGUUAAAUGGGUCAGUCCUUAACAAGUGCACAGGACUGCAAGCUUUUAGUUUUUUUCCAAAGUUUUUAAUGUUUCCCCUGUGGAGCAUUCAACUAUGCAUAUGCAACUUUGUAACACCUGUAGCUUAUUUCUUGUCCUGAAGUGAAUCAUCUAUAGAGUGCAAUUGUUAUCACAGCAACUUUAUGCUUUGAAGGUGUUUUAUUUAGAUUUAAAUCUAAGUUGCAACCUUUCUUUGAAAUAAAAGACAAUUACAAAACAGCU